CGUUCCCCGCCCACGAGAGAGUCCCUAGCAACCGGAGAACAGGAGAGCUGUUGCCAUGGCACUCCGCAGAGGGACGCAGCAGGAGGAGGAGGAGGAGAGCGAGCCGGGCGGCGCGGAGGCCACCAUGAAGGUGCAAGGUGGAAAGGACAUUCGGGAUCAAAUCCAGGAACUGCGAGCCAUCAUACGCCUGCAGGAGCAAGGCAGGGUCCUACACACCCAGUCGUCCAAGCAGCGAGUGAACCAGAACAAGGAUACCGUCGGCCUCCUGCGGGGCAGCAUCCGGCAACGGACACGUGAAUGGCAGAUGGCCAGAAAGCAUGAUGAGAGGUCCAUCUCCUGGGCCUUUCGCGAAGAGCAUCUGCUGAAACUAGCCACGAACAAGACUUCCAUGGAGAGCGUGCAGCAGAAACUGCAGAAGUAUAUCUACGACCGGGUGAAGGUGCACGACGCCCUGGUUCAUCUGUUGCGGCGGCGGGCCGCGGUGCUGGAAGACCUGCAGCGGGAACUGCUCAGGCUGCGACGCCUGGAGGAGCCCAGCAAGGAGACCGAGCUGCAGCACCAAAGGAUUCGCCAGCUGGAGAACAGCAUCGAGAAGAUGGAGAUGAAGUGCAGCUCUGCCCAGAGCAUCCACCAGAUGUAUGAAAACUCUCUGGCAUCCCUGAAACAGGAACUGGCCAGCUACCCUUCCAAGCUGAGCAACAUGGCGAACAUGGUGGGCGCCUACCAGAGUGCACUUCAAGACAUGACCCAGAUGGCCCAGGAGACCGUCGAGAUCACGGAGGUGACCAAGUUGGACGCGGCCAAAGCGGAGACGGCUCUCAUCGCGGAGCACGAGGCUCAGGAAAGCCAGCUGAACGCCCAGAAGAAGCAGGUUGACAAGGCCCGGGUGAGAGACACCGGCGACCGCCACCGGCAGCAGUCCAGGAGAGAUACUGACUUCUCGUUUCUUGGCGAGGAUCUUACCAAAGGAAAGAACCCGGAACCUUCCAAAUCCCAGAUGGAAUAUGAAGCCCAGAUAAUAGCUGAAGUGGAAAAGGUCAAGACCGCUCUACAGUGUUCGAACCCCUGGGAUAUCACCGGGAGGUUCCAGGCCCAGAAGGUAUCCGAGGAGAAGCUGGUACAGCACAUAGCAGAAUGUGAGCAGAAGCGCAAGGAGCUGAGGGCACUGCUGCACAAACUGGAUUUGGAGCGGACAGAACUCAAAUAUCACCAGACUCCCAGCUCCAUCAGGUACAGACAGAUGGAAGAGCAGCUGAAGCAGAAGUUGGAGGCGGAAGAAGCCAGACGACAGCAGGCCAGCCGCAGCGUGGCGAAGAACCAGGAGCUGAUGUUGACCAUCCAGAACGGUAUCGACAAUCUCUGCAUGCGCCUGUGCGGCAUCUCGGUGCCCGGAGAGGAGGAUGGCCCGACUGACUUCAAAGACACAUUCACAAAGCUGGAAUUCUGUCAGAGGAAACUCGUCCAUCUGGUCAACGUGUCUAAAGAAGUCCCCCCGGAGGAGGUGAAACGCGUCCUCGAAAAGUCGGCCCAAGAGGACAAGCUGAACAGGAAGGUUCCUUACGUAGAUCAGGAAACUGAAACAACAGAGAGCUUCGAUUCCGCCGACGUGGAGGACUACUACGUCCCGACCCGGGAGGAAAUCAAAAGGCAGGGCAAAAACCUGAUCGAGGCCAAGCUCAAGGCCAGCAAGAAGAAGCCGAAGAAUUGAGGGUCUCCGGGUCUGCCCAGGAGGCUCCGAGGCCCGGAGCCCCGGCCGGCCGGCCGGCUCGGCCUCUUGCCCCAGGGUUCGGGGGUUUGCUCCGCCCCCCGCCCUUUUGUCCUAUGAAUAAAAUUAAAUUUCACAAUCUUUUUCUCCCCCAA